GCCGGGAUCAUGGCGGUACCGCCGCCUCGACGGGAUGCCGUCUCUCGCUGGCCGGGCCGCCCGGCGGCGGGCAGCGGGACGGGACGGGACGGGGAGAGCCUCGCCAUCAGGGAGGAGGGCAGCUCAGAUGAAGACUUCCCUAACUCAUUUGUGACAGAAGGCAGUCAGCAGUGUGCUGUUCUUACAGAUUCCAUUUGUGCUCAUCUUUUCCCAAGGGCAAACCAGAUUCUGUUAUCAUCUAACUCAGAGGCAGUGGUACCCCGUCCUCAGGAGCCUCAGAAUCUGGAGGACUCCUCACCUGCUGGUCAGUUUUCCCUUGUGCACUGGCCAUACCAAUGUGAAGUCGUCAGGGACAGAAUUGAGCACAUUGAUUGGACACCCACGGCCCCUGAGCCAUUGUACACUCCAACAGGUUUGGAGAUGAUGCCGCCAUACCAAACUCCUGACAAAGGCACUGUCAUUUAUCUGGGAGAAGAAGCUAACAAAAACUCCUGCUUUAUGUAUUCCCAAGUGAGAGGUCUCUGCCCCCUGAAGCAGAUCUUCCAUCAGAAAGGGGACACCACACUGGUCUUUGAAGCACGGUUUGAGAGUGGGAAUUUGCAGAAGGUGGUCAAAGUCAAUGAAUUUGAGUACCAGCUGACCCUGCGCACUGACCUCUACACAAGCAGACACACGCAGUGGUACUACUUCCAAGUAAGCAACACGCAGGCAGGGAUGCCAUAUCGCUUCACUAUUGUCAACUUUACCAAGCGUAACAGCCUAUAUAAAUGUGGCUUACGGCCACUGUUGUACUCAGAAGUCGAUGCUAAGAAACACAAGGUUGGCUGGCGAAGGACUGGAAAUGAAAUAAAGUAUUACAAAAACAAUGCGGGCCAAGGUGGACGUCAGUAUUUCUCACUCACCUGGACGUUCCAGUUCCCUUAUGACCAAGACACCUGCUAUUUUGCCCACUGCUAUCCUUAUACCUACUCCAACCUGCAGGAGUACCUGCUGACCAUCUCUAAAGAUCCAGUGAAGUCCAAAUUCUGCAAGAUUCACAUCUUGUGCCGUUCACUGGCAGGAAACGUAGUGUAUGUUUUAACUAUCACCAACCCCUCCAAAAGUGGCAAGGGCACCGAGAGGAAGGCCGUGAUACUAACUGCGAGGGUGCAUCCAGGAGAAACUAACAGUUCCUGGAUAAUGAAGGGCUUUGUGGAUUACAUUCUUAGCGAUUCAGGCAAAGCUCAACUGCUGCGAGACAAUUUUGUCUUCAAAGUGGUACCAAUGUUGAAUCCAGAUGGUGUGAUUGUGGGAAAUCACCGCUGCUCUUUGACAGGUCAGGACUUGAACCGCAAAUACAGAUCUAAUGUGAAGAAAUGUUAUCCUUCCAUUUGGUAUACUCGAAACAUGAUCAGAAGAGUGAUGGGGGAACGUGAUGUUUUUCUGUAUUGUGACAUCCACGGUCACAACAGGAAACAAAAUGUCUUCAUGUAUGGUUGUGAGAGAAGGCAGCAAGCAAAAGGACCAUACGUGCAUCCACGUGUCUUCCCACUCUUGCUGAGCAAGAGUUGCCCAGAUAAGUUCUCAUUCCCAGAUUGCCGUUUCAGAGUACAAAAGAGCAAAAAAGGCACAGGUCGAGUGGUAAUGUGGAAGAUGGGCAUCAACAACAGCUACACUUUGGAAGCCUCUAUCUGUGGCUCUAAGUUGGGCUGCAGACGAAGCACCCAUUUCGAUAUGAAAGACUUGGAGUCAAUAGGACAGCAUUUCUGUGAUGCUCUCUUGAACUACUGUGUUCAUAACAAGGAGGAACAAGAGAAAGUAGUGAAACAGCAAGCCAGAGUGAACAUCAAAGUCCUGAAUUCUGAUGUGUUAGACUGGGAUUCCAGCAGCCAAACAUCGGACAGCCCAGACUCCUGUGAUCUUAUUGCAAACCAGCUAAAACUAGGUACUAAGAAAAAGCCCAAAACAUCAGGAGAACAUUUUCACAGCAUUGCUAAGGACAGAAGUCAUGAAAGCAAAAAUACUCAAUGCAUUGAAACUCAAUGUAAGAUAUUUCAGGUACUUGAUCCAGUGAAAAAAGUAAAAUUGCCAAUUACAGCCUCUGCCAAACAAGUAGGAGAUUAUUUCAGACAGCUGUCCUUGGCCACUUCUUCCCAUGGUUGACACUGCAGUGGAAGGCAAUAUUAGAGAAGCAGAGAAUCGUCUUUCCUCCAUCUCAUCUGGAGCACCCCCCCUUCAGCACAUAGCGGAAGCUCCAUUCCUCAGCCAUGCUGGACUCACCAGCACGCAGGCA